AUGGAGGCGCUUUUUAGCGCUGCCAAUAAAGUAUCCAGCACCUCUGGUAGGACAGAGGUUGCCGGUGGAACAGCAAAUUUGGGUAAAAUAAAAAAACACGACCAAAGGAGGAGCACGGGCUCGCCUCCUCUCCCUCUCGCUCAAGUCCUCGCCGCCGCCACCACCACCCACGCCAGAAGCUUCCGGCGAGCUCCGACGCCGCGCAGCACGCCCCCCAACUCCCCACGGUCCGCUCCUCCCUACCCUCCAGCCAGAUUCUCCGUUCCCGGCCUCUACCGCCCGCUCGAAACGCCACCCCCAUGGCUAGGGUUUCAGGCAGGGCUUCGCCGGCGCGUCUCCGGCGGCCCAGAUGCAGAUGGAGCGCACCAUGGGAAUUCCCCAUCCACCAUGGUCGCCGCCAUCAAGGGCUUCUUCACGGAGAUGUGGAGGACGCCAUGGACCUGCAGCUCCUCAAGGUCAACAGGGAGAAACCCUAGCCAGAAGCACCUCCUCGGAUGACGCCUCUGCUACACCAAGAUAGGUCAAGCAACCCCCAUCUACUCUCUGUCUCUCCCAUUAGCACAAGUCCAGUUUUAUUUUGAACAAAAUUCUGCUACUACACAAACAAGUCCAUUAACAGAUCUAUUUUUAUUUAAUUGAUAUCCUUCCAAACACAAACAGUGUAUAUAUGAUGUGCUAUUUUCAUUUUUGUGCUUUUAUUUGUAAGCUCAUAAAAUAGUUACACUAGAAAUGCCAUGUAAGUUCUUAGUGAGUGAGUGGAUUACACUUGUGUAAACCCAAAAGUGGCAGAGGCGAGUUUCCUCUUAAGCUUUAUAAUAUUCCUUAUUUCU